AUGCCGAGUUUCGGAUUCGUCUACGAUGAGCGGAUGCUGGAGCACGAAUGCGGCUACGAUCCGACGAUGGCUGAAAGACCGGAGCGGAUGCGACUCAUCUAUGAACGUCUUCAAAAUGAUGGCCUCCUGAACGAUGCGAUCAAGGCUAGUAUUUCUCAACCAAACAUUUUCUUGUUGCAUUUUGAGUUUCUCAAAUUCGAAAAAUAUAGAUAAAAUACUUUUUGAUCGUUUUAUUAUUUUUUUUUUAAUCUCUUCAUUUUAUUCUCACAAAUGAGACGUUUUUGUGAAAGAGCAUUUUUUUCACUGAUAUACAGGUUGAAGCUCGCGAAGCGACGGACGAAGAACUGUUGUUGAACCAUUCAGAGGAACUUCUGGAGCAAGUCAGAGCUCUCGCAACGGACGAACAAUGCGAGGAAUUUUGCAGGUCAAUUAUUCCUUCUUUUUCCCUUUCUUUUUUUAUUUAUUUUUUUCGGUUAUUCCAACUAUAAUUUAAUAAUAAUAAAUUAUUCAUCCACAAGGUGAAAAAGAAUAGAUAAGAUUAAGAACCGGUUUAAGGUCACCCUCCCGAGUGACUUCACCGGAUAGGGUAUACAAUAGAUAAUACAGUUGAUAAAAGUACACGUAUAAGGAUAUUGAGAUUUCUUUUUGAGAUCAUUUAUAGUAGCCGUCUAGGGAUGCUGAGAAACAAUUCAUUGUCGGGGAUCUUGUCCAGAUGGGAUUUGAAAACUUCUGGAGGGACGGAGACGUUGAAUCUAGAGCAGAUUUUGUUAGAGCCAAUUUCGUAAUUUUCAUGUUAACAUUUUCAGUUUUAUUUUCUAGAAACAAAGAGAUCCUCUGGAUGAGCCCCAAAAGCGACAUGGCGGCACGAGUCGCUGCUGGAGGCUGUAUAGAGCUGGUCAAAGCUUGUUUGGAGAACAGGUUUCUUUUUUCCAUAAUUCAAUUAGUUCUUUGAGACGCGUGGAGGGAAACUCAUUUUAGUGCGAUGUUCAAAACAUUUUUUAAUGUACCAAAAAUCUGUUUGAGGUUUUUAUUAUAUAUUUUCUAUCCGAACAAAAGUGCAGUUUGAGAAUCUCUCGAGAGUUUCCUAUCCGACACUAAAAAUUUGAACGAAAAAACUGAAUUAUGGAAUUCAUGGAAAGUUCCAAACUCCAAGUUCAUAUUACCUUUCGUGAGCUUUUUUUGAGAGUUUACAACGGCUUUGCGAUCGUCCGCCCGCCAGGACAUCACUCCUACGGAAAAGUAUCGCAGGGAUAUUGCGUCUUCAACAACGUCGCCAUUGCCGCCAAGAUUGCCGUCGAACGAUUUGGAAUCAAAAGGGUCUUUCCCAUCUUUCUUUACAACUCUGCUUCACUUUCAUUUAGGUGGCCGUCGUGGAUUUCGAUUACCAUCCAGGAAACGGAACCUAUUAUUCACUUAAGGUGAGUUCCCAUUAGGUAGAACUGGUAUGAAAAAUCAAUUAGGAAUGCCAAGUUUAAAAAAAUUAUACGGAUUUCUGCAUUUCUUCAGGACGAUCCCAGGUUCCACUUCACUUCCUUUCACGCAUAUCAUCACGGCGCAUUUUGGCCUUUCCAGAGGGAGUUCGACUAUGCCACUGGACGUCAGUUCAAUUUACCAUUUAAGUCGAAAUAGCAUGGAGAUUUGACAGAUUGAAACCGUUAUUGUAAGAAGAUUGCUUUACAGCAAAUCAACUUUUUGUCCCUCUAAAUGCAUCGAUGAACACCGAGGGAGACUUUGUGUCUGUUUUCCAUCACCUCGUCAUUCCUGUUCUCCGGCAGUUCGAGCCAGAAGUUCAAAUUUCCCAUUUCCCUCAAAAACUUACUCAAUUAAGCUCAUUUUGAUUUCGGCUGGUUUUGAUGCUGGCUACUACGACAUAAUGCUGGAGAUGGGACAAGCCGUCAAAGCUCACGGGUCAGUUUCUUUUGUAAUCAGUUCGACCCAUGAGCUAAUCCAGAUUUGCUCACAUGUCGCGACUUCUUUCUGAUAUUUGUCCAGGAAGGACCAUCGCUGUUCUGGAAGGUGGCUACUUUCCCGCCAACUACGUCGAAGGAGCCGCGAUGAUGGUCCGAGCUCUCAAGGUUUCGACUUUUCGUUAUCAUUUAAGCUAAGUUCGUCUUUUACAAACUUCACCGUUACAAAGUGAUGUUUGUAAAAUUAGAAACGUUCGCAGAUUUCUAUAUUUUUGUAUUUAAGUGUUUCUCAGACUGUUUCACAGUAUUUAACAGACAAAAAGUAUUGGAAGUGAAGAGUCAAGUCGUAGCAGAGAGUGUUAAGAGGAGAUUUUUUAAAUGUAAAACAAAUUUCACGCAGAGAAUGUCGAUUCCUGAACUGGCUCUUCCUGAACGACUUUCCGGGGCUCUCUGCAGCACAGUAUGGAACCUCCUUCAGCACCAUUCGAAAGAAUAUCCUCAUUUGCGGGAAACUCUUGAAAAGUUACAGCAGCAGCAAGUUAUUUUUAACUGUAUGUCUUCAAAUUAACCACAAUAGUUCAGGCAACUCUCGGCCUACCAGCUUUCGUUUAUGGACAGGAGCUUUUUUUUGGGGAAAGUUCGUCUACAAUUGCUCAUAGUGCUCAACUCGUGUUUUUAGAAAUGCGCCGGCUUUACGAUGAGGUGAAAAAGGCAAAUAUUGCUCGAACUCAGGAAUGGUUUCCCAUCCUUUCCGAGGAGCAAAUACUGAACUCCAAUUCGAAAAUCAAAAAGUACAUUAAGGUGAGUCAAAAAGCAAUCCUGAAAUUCUUGAAGCCCUUCAGGAUUACGUAUUUACAACUGAUCACGAUAUCCCGAAUGAGGAAAUACUCAUGAAACAACUCGUCUGGGACGAAAGAGCCCAGUGCGACUCGUUUUUGAAGUCGGCCCCUUUCUGUCUUCUUCUCGUGAAUGAAUUCAAUGACUUUGUAGAAGGUUUCAAGAAAAAUCUUCCAAAUUUUGAAAUCGUUUUAAGGUCGGAUCGAUCAUAUGAUGAUUUGUGACAGACGCUUGUAUAAAUUGGCAAAAGCAAAAGGAUCAUGUGAGGAUAUUCGCCGAAUCGAUUUCUCCAUUUGA